AUGAGGAGUGUUGAGGAGUCAAAUGAGAUAGAAUAUAAUGUUGAAGGUUUACAAAUAUUCAGCCUGGCUGAGCUUGUAGCAGCCACCAACAAUUUCUCAAUUCACAAUAAGAUUGGUGCUGGAAGCUUUGGUGUUGUAUACAGAGCCAAACUCGUUGAUGGUUGUGAGGUGGCUAUCAAGAGGGACCAGACCUGGCCAGAGAGAAAAAUUGAAACGAAGUUUGAAUUGACCUUGUUGUCCCGGUUACGCUAUAAGAACGUGGUUGAGCUGAUUGGGUUCUGUGAGAAGAAAGACGAAAGGGUUUUGGUAUAUGAAGAAUGGAUCAUUGUACGAUCAUAUGCAUGGCAAGAACAGCGUGGAGAAGGAUCUGCAAGAGUAUCUGGUUUUGGAUUUUUGUUGUAUUCGUUUGGAGUAGUACUGCUUGAACUGUUAAUGGGAAAGACAGCUGAUGAUUUCUCUCUAUUUCAUGGGAAAGGUGGAAGUAACCGUCCGUUAAGUGUGGUAGAGUUUGCAGUGCCUGCUAUUAUGGAUGGACACUUGGUGGAAAUUUUGGAUUCAAGGGUUGGACUACCUGAUGUGAAUGAAGCAGAGGCACUGCAGUUAUUGGCCUAUACCGCUGUCAAUUGUGUGACAAGAAAAGGAAAAGAUAGGCCAACCAUGGCUGAGAAUGAUAUGUUCAGAAAACCAAUAAAAAUAGCAAGGUUUAACUUUGAGGGAGAACCCCUAGAGUUAUCUGAUGCAGCAACAACAGCCAAGGCCAAAACUAACCUAAUACAUCUUGCAUUGCUUGGCAACUUCUCAACACCUUCUCUUGGGUUGACUUGCGCCUUCGCAGCACUCUGUCUCUUCCAUAUAGAGGGAGUAAUGGAUCUCCAGUCCUUCAACAAGGAUCAUACAUAUCCAUAUAUACUUUCACUUGCAAAGAAUCAAAUGGGUGAUGAAAUUUUUGAGAGCAUUGAAAUGAGCUAUAUGACAGUUGAUGCAACAAGUUAUAGCUGGAUAUUGGACAGAGCGAUAAGGAGUGAUACUGAUUCAAGUUUGGGAGCAUCCCCUGUCCAUAGUUUUUCUUCAGUGGUGGACUGUGCCAUAAGGAGUAGGACUCCCCUGACUGAGCUUGUAGCAGCCACCAACAAUUUCUCACUUCACAACAAGAUUGGUGCUGGAAGCUUUGGAGCUGUCUACGGAGCCAAACUCGUUGAUGAUCGUGAGGUGGCUGUUAAGAGGGGUGAAGCCUGGCCAAAAAGAAAGAUUAAAAUAAAGUCUGAGUUGACCUUCUUGUCUCGGCUACACCACAAGCACUUGGUUGGACUAGUUGGGUUCUGUGAAGAGAAAGAUGAGAGACUCUUGGUGUAUGAGUACAUGAAGAAUGGGGCGUUGUAUGAUCAUUUGCAUGACAAGAACAAUGUGGAGAAGGGUAGCAGUGUGUUGAACUAUUGGAAAAUGAGGAUCAAAAUUGCUUUGGAUGCUGCGCGGGGAAUAGAAUAUCUUCAUAAUUAUGCAGUUCCAUCAAUUAUUCACAGAGACAUCAAGUCUUCUAAUAUUCUUAUUGAUGCUACUUGGACUGCAAGAGUAUCAGAUUUUGGAUUGUCCUUGAUGAGUCCGGAACCUGACCAUGAUUACCGUCCAAUGAAGGUAGCAGGAACCCUUGGAUACAUUGAUCCUGAGUACUAUGGUUUAAAUGUAUUGACGACAAAGAGUGAUGUUUAUGGGCUUGGAAUUGUACUGCUCGAACUUUUAACAGGAAAGAGAGCUAUAUUCAAGUAUGACGAAGAUGGAGGCACCCCACUAAGUGGCACCCCACUAAGUGUGGUGGACUUUGCAGUGCCUCCUAUUUUGGCCGGAGAAUUGGUGAAAAUUUUGGAUCCAAGGGUUGGACCACCUGAUGUGACUGAGGCAGAAGCAGUGGAAUUGGUGGCCUAUACAGCUAUCCAUUGUGUGAAUUUAGAAGGAAAAGAUAGACCAACCAUGGCUGACAUUGUGGUCAAUUUGGAGAGGACUUUGGCUAUUUGUGAGAGUAGCCAUGAUAGCAUUUCCAGUGACACUAUCCAUUGUGUGAAUUUGGAAGGGAAAGAUAGCCCCACCAUGGCUGACACUGUGGUCAAUUUGGAGAGGGAUUUGGCUACUUCUGAGACUAGGCAUGAUAACAUCUCCCGUGGCCUUAUCUCUUGCUUCGAUCUCGAUGAAAGCAAGACAUCAAUGAAAAGAUAG